AUGACUUUAAGGACGCUAAAUUCAAAUGUGUACUACAUUCCUGUAGGGCUGACGGAAUUACAAAAGGACUUAAUAGAAAUCCUUUUAUGCCUUCAUGCAAAAAGUUUUAUUAGGCAGUUUUCUUCCAGUCCAGAUGAUACUUUGUUGAGGUUAGGCGGUGAUGUUGCUGGUAGCAAGGUUAAAAAUGAGAAAAGCGAGUUAAAUCUGACUAUGACUCCAUUGACGCCCGAGCAAAUGAACCACCUUUUGAUUCAGAAUAUAAAGGCUGUUACAAAUCACCCGUUUUUAUUGGUUGAUCAUUAUAUGCCUAGACAGUUCCUUCUUAUGGAACCGGGUGAGAGUCUUAUUUCGACUAGCAAGAAGUUUCAGGUGUUGAAUCAGUUAAUUGAACUAAUAAUCAGAGCGCCUAAUAAGACGAAGCCUGUACAAAUUGCAUUAGUGUCGCACUCGGUGAAGCAGCUGGAUCUUAUAGAGGGCUCUCUUUUGGGGAAGCUUGUGAAACUGAAGCGGCUCUCGGGAACGAGCUUGUUCAACGAAAGACAUACAUACCCUCGGAAAGGCAAUUCUCCCUCAGAUACGAACGGCAGUUCGCCGAACGCUCCCGUUCUAAGAGACAGCCCAGUGAACAAUGUUGAGGGCAAGAACGGUGCUUCCAGUUCGGCAAAUGCGGGAGGCUGGAAGGAUGAUUACAACUACCACCAGAGUAGAAGGCAUAUGAUGGCAGGAAAUAAAAGAAGGGCGGAUGGCGAUCCUGAUGAGAGGGACUGGUUAUUUUUGGCAACCACAACUCACUUGAACAACUGCGAGGACUUAUUUAAUAAUUAUGAUAUCGAUAUUAUCAUCAUUUUGGACCCGCUCUUUAACGAAUCGAUACCAGCGGUCCAAAAGGUCAUCGAUGAGAAGAAACCGGUAUUGGUGAAGAUCCUGGUGCAACACUCGCCAGAUCAUUACAUGCUAGCGAAAGGCGCGCAGCACAGUUGCGAAGAGGCGUAUAUCCAUGAUGCUCUGGUUUAUUUUAUGAAACAUAGGAAUAAAACUGACGAUACGGGUGCAAACGACAGCAUUCUUCUGGAUGUAGUCGCCGCAUUAUUAGAGCCUGAAACUUCCUUUGCUAAGCGUCCUGCGGAGUUAAAAUUAUCAAGCGAUAACCCAGUAGAUAUUGUAGAAUUGCUCACAAAAAGAGCCGGGCUAAUGACUCUGCAUCACACUCCAUACACACUAUCGAUUUGCCACGAGGAGUUCGAUACAAAAACCUACCAAGCAAAGUUGAAGGAACUAAUACUGGCGAGAUUGCACGCCUGCCAAGCUGAAUAUGAGCAUAGACAGGCGAUUAUAGAAGAUAAGCGCAUGAGCGAGACAUGCAGGUUGAAUCACCUAGAUUCGAUAAACGCAGAAGCAGCCGAGAUGUAUAAGGCACUGAAAGAAGGAGAAAAGAAUGUCAAUGAUUCCACAAAACGGGCAGAGAGAGCAAAGGACGAACUUGACAGGUUGGAUCAAAAACACGCUUUACUCGUAGAUCGUAAGCGCCAUCUGCGUGAACUCUUAGAAACAGAAGAUAUCGAGGCCAAAUUAGAGGCUAGUAAGUCAGAACUCAAAGAGCUCUUAGAUAAAAUUGCCCCUCUCGCAGAAGAGAAUAGGAUAAAGAACGAGAAGAAUGACGAGUUACGACUCGAGUAUCAAAACGUGUCCUCAAGUGCCGCAGCCCACUCGCUCGCAACCAAAGCCCUAAAAGAAAAAAAGGAGGCUCUAACAAAAGAGCUCAAUGGCAUAGCUACUAAAUGGAUGGCUAUAUCGGCUAGAGAAGAGAAAGAGAGAUUACAAGAUGAAUUGCAUCAACUAGCUCAGCAACAUUUAUUCCAAGAGAGUUACAUCCAAAGUAUGAAGAAAAAGAUUGUAACAAGGCAUGGUACAACGAAGCACUAG